CAUACGCAAGGGUGUAUUCGAAGAACAAUGUUUCGGUGCGCGAUUCUCUUUGUUCAUUCGAUUCCUUAAAUCAACCAUAUCUAGAAAAAUACGCGACAUCAGAUUCGGGCUUUAAGGGUUCAAUGGUGAACGGUCUUAUGGCUCUCACCACAUGCAGUUUCAACUGAGAGUGCCAUGCCGCUGUGACCUGUGGGAGGUGUAGAAGGAUUUAGGAGGCGGCGAUUUUGGAUCGCGUCUUAGGCCAUUUUGAGGCUUCGACGACGGCCAAAAAAGCGUGGUUAAACCGUAGAGUUGUGUGGAAUAAAAAACUGUCCUUGUAUAAAGUUGUCAGAAAAGCAAGUAGCACCUAACUCCUAAGCAUGUUCCUCCGGUUCUUAAGUACUCAUACCACUACUGCAGGCACUUUGUUAAAAGCCGGUUUUAGGAAAAACAUACCUUCACUAUUUUGGGGCUCGGUGCGCUUAUGCCAUGGAAGUAGUGUCGGAAAACAGGCCAAGGGUACAAAUGUGAAAUCCGGACAUAGUGAUAGGGCCUCUGAAGAGCAGCUAUUACGGAUGGAGGAAGCCUUGAAGGAAACGAUACCGAAAUUCUUUGUGAGCGCACAUGAUUUUUCGCUUUACACAUACGGAGUGGUCUUCGAAGAUAAUAUCCGUAAUGUGCGAACGACAGGUCUGCCGGCAUAUAUGAGGCAACUGUCAAUGGUUCGAUUGCUAGCCCACGUUCGGUAUGCUCAUGUAAAGAUGAACAUCCUUAAGGUCUAUUCCGAUCCUGUAGAAGCGGCAGUCAAGGUUCGGUGGCGUGUGGAUGCAUUAUCAGGAUUGCGAAUCGUGAUUCUGCUCUGGAAGUUCAAUAUAUUAAAAUAUCGAGACUUUCUGAACAAAAAAUCAGAUUUUACUGACGGCUUUUCGAUAUUCUACGUGAACUCGGACGGCAAAAUUUGGAAGCACGUCGUGGACAAAAUGGUUCCCGAUGAAGAUCGCGCAGUCGUUGACACAGAAAAAGACGCUCUAGCGGCUAAACUUUCCGCCGCACUAAUAGUCGGAUGGGGUGGGGUUCAGGCUGUCAGUGACAUGUUGUAACAACUAAGGGGUUACUAAUUCUGUAAAAGCUACAUCCGUCUAAAGCUAGAAAGUGAUCAAGUUCCUCACUUCUUGAUCCUUCCACUUCUCUUAUCAAAAAAGAUUACGACAACGUAACCUAAUGUCGCCUUUGCGAGACUGACGUGUCUGGUCUCACAAAACCUUGUUACUCUAUAUAUAUAUAUAUAUAUAUAUAUAUAUAUACAAACACACACACACACACAAACAUGCAUAACGAUUGUAGCUGUGGAAUAUAGAAAGCUCAUAGACUCUGAGCAAGCACAGAACAUCAGCGUAUGAGUUCCAGCUGUUUUCUGGAAUUAAGGAUGUUUCGAAUCUAGUAGCUAAGGAUCGCAUAAGAAAGAUCAUAUGUGGCUUACCGUGCACUGAUUUAUGAUAAAAGUGAACGAGACCAGGACUUUUCAGCAUGGAAAAUGAACGGGUUUUCACUUCAGUGAUAACGCCGGAAACGAGAGAGAGAGAGAGAGAAAGCGAGAGCGAGCGAGCGAGAGAGAGAGAGAGAGUGAGAGAAAGAAAACGCGUUGGAAAUUAAAAGAACGUGUCGGAAGUCAAGUACCAAUCACUGAUAACGGUGGAUGUCGGAAACGAAGUGUGUAUGCAAUAGGUUUUAAUAAAUUUUUAUCCGUCAUGCUAAAUCAA